AUGGUGAACUCGACCCCACCUCGCGGCGCGGCGCCAACAGCCGCUCAGCCAGGCCGGACCUCGGCAAAGACCGGCCUCCAACAAGCCAAAGUCACCCCAGCUCCGGGCCAACCAGAGUGGAAUCAGCUGAAGAAAGUGAGAUCUGUCACUGAGACGAGCCGAGGACCGUCCGCUGCCAAACCGGCCCGAGCCAGGCCCGAGAGCAGCUCAACAGACAGGGAAACGGACGUGAAUCCCAAAGGCCAGGGGCCCAAAGCCAGGCUGAGGGGCCACCCAGGCCACAUCACCACCAGGGGCUCUGCACCAGACAAGGCCCCCUGGGCUUGGAGCUCCAGAGUGGCCACCAAGAGACCCCUGGCUCCCAGUAACAGGCCACCCAGAGACCCUGGCCUCCAGCCUCCGCCCUACCCUGUGGCCAUCGUUCAGCCUCAGGGCAAGGCCCCGCCCACAGCCCCGCCCAUCAGAGAAAGCAAUGAGGCUCCGCCCUCAGCACUGCCCAUUGGUGAAGCUCCGCCCUCAUUGCCCAGCAAUGAGGCUCCGCCCUCAGCACUGCCCAUUGGUGAAGCUCCGCCCUCAUUGCCCAUCAAUGAGGCUUCGCCCUCGGCACUGCCCAUUGGUGAAGCUCCGCCCUCAUUGCCCAUCAAUGAGGCUUUGCCCUCGGCACUGCCCAUUGGUGAAGCUCCGCCCUCAUUGCCCAUCAAUGAGGCUUCGCCCUCGGCACUGCCCAUUGGUGAAGCUCCAACCUCAUUGCCCAGCAAUGAGGCUCCGCCCUCAGCACUGCCCAUUGGUGAAGCUCCGCCCUCAUUGUCGACCUACAAUGAGGCUCUGCCCCCUUUCCUGACUGUUGUUGAGCCUUUGCUCACGUGGGUCCCAGUGGCUGAGGCGUUGGAGUGGGAGAAGUUGGGGGGGGAAUGGGAGAACGAAGCCUCGACCAACUUGAAUCAAAAAGAGAACGAAGCCAAGCAGGACAGCCUCGUGGCCGACCAGAUCCAGGGAGAGCCCCCCACCGAGCCCAUAGAGUCCUCGGGAGAGACUUCGGGAGAAGAUGAGAUGGAGGAGGAGGAGGAGGAGGAGAGUCUGGCUCCUGGGGUGACCCAGACCCAGCGAUGGCUCGAAGGCAUCGACAACCCGGUGUUUGAAGACAAGGCGGUGACGGAGAUAUCCGACUGUUCUGCCCCACCGCCCAGCCCCGCACUCUCCAAGUCCUCAGCCCUCCUGCUUCACUGUGUGUCAGAAGCUGAGGAACUUGAUCUUCGUUUGGCCCCGUCCCCCCUCCCCGUCGCUGCCGCCCCUCCACCAGCCCCCGACACGGAGACAGACACCCCCGACUCCCAACCCAUCCUCACUCCCCGCCCAGACACAGCCCCUGGUCAGCAACAGGAGGAGCAGAUUCCCGCUGAUGAGCAGCCCCCAGACGACGGACGAUCCUCUCCUGCCAUUGGCGAUCCCCGCAACGACGGCCCCCGGGAUCUCGAGGACAACCCGUCCCCACCGGACAUUUUGAUGGAAUUCCUGGAAACCUCGCUGGGGUCGGGGCGCGAGUCUGACCUCCUGGACCACAGCUGUGGAGAUGGCUUGAGCGGCCCUCAGCACAACCCUCGUCAAGCGGGAGAUGGUCCCCACCAGCCCCUGGCCGAGGACUGGCCUGACCGGAACGAGGACCUCAGUGAACGGGUGGAGGGAGAGGGCGCGGAGGCGGGCGACAUCUCUGUGUGCGAAGAGAACCGUAGCUCCCUGACAGGCGACUUAAGUGAGGGUGAGAGGGAGCGGCAGCCACAGUGUGGGGCGCGGAGAACAUCGGGCCUUCCCCACAUCCUCGCCACCAUCUACGAGAGCGGGGAGGAGCUGGGGCUUCACCAGGACUGGCCAGACCUGGACCUCUGCCCGGACCCCAAGCCCAAAGGCCUGAGCCUCCAGAUCGAGCCGGUGGCUGUGGUCCAGCAGAUCAUUAACCAGACGUUGUUGCUCUCUGGGGAGGCCCUCAAGCUUCACAGCAAGGUCAUGGUGGACAAGGCGGAGCUGAGCAAGUGGACCGAACUCCUCUCUCCUCUGGACGAUUCCACGGCCAGUGUGACGUCAGUCACCAGCGUCUCUCCUGAGGACCUGGCGUCUCCGCAGGGAGAGUGGAUGGUGGUGGAGCUGGAAACCUAUCACUGAAGGCAGCGCGGCAACACUCCCAAUCCCCGGAUCGGGAACGCUCGGAACCUGCACUAUGCUGCCAUCACACCCCCCACCCACCACCACCGCUGACAAUUCCCCGUCUUGUGCAUUGAUGCCACACGUCGCCUCGAGCCAUCGAGCCUCAGGUGACAGACACUGAACACAGACAUUGUGAAUGAGGACGUUUCCUUGUCACUCCUCGUGUUCGCGUGUUAAAGAACCCCCUCUCUCCCCCCGCCCCGCCCCUGGAAUGGCCUCGCACACCACCCACUGACCGCUCGUUUGCACACUGGCUGCUCUCUCUCUCGCAUGACUUCACUAUUGCCUUUCUCUGUCGAUGAAGAAUCUCGAGGGCCGAGACUCAAAGCCGCUGUCCUCGCGCUCAGGACACCAAGCGAGCGAGUGAGAAGCUCAUCACAUCGCAAACUCUUCACCGCAACGCGAACGCUGGCUGGAAUUGGCUGGAUUGCUGUCUCCUGUUCUGUUGUCGGACAGUCCUACUGUUUACCGUGACUUGAAUGACUUGUGCCUCUGCUUGUGACUCACUUCCGCACAGUGUGACUGACCUCCUGCCUUCCCGACGUUCCUCAGUGUGGCCUCAACAAGUGUCCUCCAAACACAGAGGCCCAGUCAAAGAGCCUUCAUCCUGUUUCACCUCAUUCCUGGGACCUCCCUGUUCCACUCAUUAAAACUCCCCUGGAAAUGCCCCCUCACCACUCCCGAACCCCCGCCUUCUUGCCCUGUGGCUCAGGAAGGGGUUUAGUUUAUCGCGUUCCCCUGUAAGGUCCCUGAUUGUUCAGGGGGAAGAACUCCAGUUCUCUCAUCUCAUCGGGCCUGAGCCUCGCUAACAUCAGUGCUGGCACAUUAAUACCCCUAAAUCGGAAGCUAACAGCAGAGUUUGAGUGAGGAUGUGCAAGUGUCUGCAAAUCAAUUGGGGAGAGGGAGGGAGGGAGAGGAGGAGGAAAGGAGAGAU